CCUGGCUCUGAGCACACCUUGGCAUAUGUUAAUUCCAUCAAUCUCUACAUCAAAACCCUUUGAGGUUAUAUUCUCUUGUCUAUACAGAUUGGAAAAGGAAGUCUAAGUGUUUUAUCUAAGAGUAACCAAAUAACACAAGUUGAGUUUCCUACUACAUCUAGAGUCUGAGCUGAUCACUGUGAUUCUGCUCACACUGAUCAGUAUAAAAGAAUUUUUCCCACUGUGGGAAGCCAGGGUAGGUGUAAGGGAUGGAGAUUAUUGACAGCUGUUGUCAUGAGGAUGACCACAAAUGUAAAUUAUUAUGGGCACAUGAAUUUAGUAAAGAGAAGGGUUGGUUAUUCCAAACUAUAUAAAAUCAGCACUUUGUAACCCAUAAAUGCAUUAAUGUAUUUAAAAAAAAAAAAGGAGGGUUGGGUCAGUGGAGCCAUGGAGAACAUCUAAGUUGGUGGAGGUAAGGAAGGCAUAAAAGGUAAUAUCUGAAUAAUAAAAACAGAUCAAAUGAGUACAGUUCCAUAUACAUAUAUUCAAGAGCCUGGGAAAUCACCGGACAAGACAUCACAUGUAACUACAUGAGUCUAGCUAUGGGGUCUAUGGGUUACAACAGUGGGAAAGAAGGUAACUGUCAUUUUUAAAUAUUUAGGGAUUUUUUAUUUUGGGUUAUUUGUUUGUUUAAUUCAUUCGCCAUACUUUUCCCCAUAGCAGUUGAUACAGCCAUGGCCACAAGCCCUCUUGCUGCUUUCAAGGUCCUCAUGGAUGGAGUGACAAGCUGGGAUGUCCCCAAAGACAUCAUCCCCAAUGAACUCCUUCUUAUUGGACAGGGUGCCUUCCCAGUGAUGGUGAAUGACAAGGGCCAGGUGCUCAUUGCUGGGUCCUUCUACCGCAAGGGGCGUCUGGUGGUUUUGCCCCAUGAGGACUACCUGCUACAUGCUGGUCUAACUCCAUUUCUUCUCAAUGCUGUGCGCUGGCUGCGCUGCUCCUCCGAGGCUCCUGUUAGAGUCCACCCAUCCCUGGCACCCCUUGUGAACAUCCUGCAGGACUCCAAGGUUGAGGCCCAGAGUGGGCCAGAACCAGAAGAGGGCCCAGGGGUUUACUGUACUGGUGCCUAUGAUGACAUGAAGACUGUGCAGCUGAUCCGGUUUAUGAAACAUGGAGGUGGCUUACUCAUUGGGGGCCAAGCCUCUUCUUGGGCUGGCAAGCACGGCCAUGACAAGGUUCUGUCCAUGUUCCCCGGAAACCAGGUGACAGGUGUCACUGGGGUGUACUUCACUGAUAUCUAUGGAGACAGAGGGCAGAUCAAAGUCUCUGAGAAAGUGCCCACAAUCCCGCUCCAUGUCAGGUGUGGGGAGGAUUUCAGCCAGGACCAGAAGAAGCUUCUGGAAGGGAUCUCAGAGGUGGACAUCAGGACAGGAGUCAUACCCUCUAGGCUGCUGGUGCAUGGGGCCAUGGCCUUCCCCCUGGUAUUAGAUAGGUCACUGGGCUGUAUUCUUGCAGCUGCCUGCUAUGGCCAGGGGCGAGUGGUGUUGAGUGGCCAUGAAGGCUUGCUGACUGAUGAGAAGAUGGGCCCAUUUGUGAUCAAUGCCCUGGGCUGGCUCUCACGGAACCAGAAAGUGGUAGUUGGGUUGAGCCCACAACUGCGAAGUCUGGGCCCCAUGUUGUCAAAAAAUAACUUGGAAUGGAUCAAUGUAGACCAUCUGAGCAGUGAGGUGGGUGUCUAUUGCUGUCACACACUUGAAGACAUGUCAGUUAUCAAGGUGGUGGAAUUCGUUGCAGAAGGUGGAGGGCUGCUGAUUGGCACACAGGCCUCAUGGUGGGCCUCCAGCAAUCCAAAUUCUCACUUUAUGUCUCAGUAUCCAAACAAUAAGUACCUUGAAUGCUUUGGCCUUGGCAUCCUAAACCAGACAGCUGAUAGAGGCCUCUUGCCAGUCCUCAAGUCUGGAGAGAAUCACUACCACUUCCGCAGAGCUCUGGUGCAAUUCCAGUCUAUGCUUCAUGACAAGGGAAGAAGCUUAGAAAAGAGCUGGCUGGACAGGCUAAGAACAGACUGUUCCUAUGUGUUUCAAAUCCCAUACGAGGGGCUUCCCCUCUAUGAGUCUCUGCGCAGGAAUGUCCUGGAAAUGAUCCAAGAAAAGGGCUUACCGUUUGUGAAGAACAAAAAACCAAUUGGCAAGGACAGCCCUGAGGCCUACCUGAUAACCUUGGCUGAAGAAUUGUUCAAAGUGGGCACUGACAGCAAACUGUUUCUCAAAGAUCAGAUCCCCUGGACUUCCUAUGCCACGGACUCUCCUGUCACCAUUGAGAUCAGCAGAGACAACAGAAAUUCCUGGGUGAGUACUGGACUCUACUUACCCGAAGGACAAACAGCACAUGUCACAUUGCCAGAAGAUGCUGUGGCUGCCAAUUUGAAGGUACAGAUUGGCUGCCACACGGAUAACAUAAGCCAUUUUGAAACUUAUCACCGCCCCCCGGUUGUGACACACCGGUACAACUUAGACAGGACAAAGCGCUCCAUCUCCUGGCUCUGGGGGGGCCUCCUCUACAUCAUUGUCCCUUUUAACUACAACCUGGGCCGCAUGCCUGUCACCAUCAGUGGGGCUGUGAAGGCUCCAUACUUCAAGCUGGGUCAGACAUCUCGGGAGGAGUGGAAUGGCCUUCUGUACCAAUAUUUGGUGCCCUGGGGAGAGCUCGCCACGGACAACAUCAUCCUGACAGUGCGAACCACAAGCUUGCAGCCCAUGGAGGACACCGUGCCCCUGCUCCGGCUCUGGGAUGAGAUAAUGCAGGCUGUAGCCAGGCUGGGGGCACAGCCCUUUCCUUUCCACCGGCCAGAGAGGAUCGUUGCUGAUGUGCAGAUUUCAUUUGGAGCAUUGCACUCGGGAUACCCCAUCAUGAGCCAUGAGGCUUUUCUACGUGAACUAACAGAUGAGGUGACAAUGAGGAGCAGAGGGAUGUGGGGCCCCAUCCACGAGCUGGGCCACAACCAGCAGCGCCUUGCUUGGGAAUUCAUCCCACACACCACUGAUGCCACCUGCAACCUGUGGUCCGUCUAUGUGCAUGAGACGGUGCUGGGCAUCCCCAGAGCCCAUGCCCACCCUGCUCUGAGUCCCCCAGAAAGAGAGAAUAGAAUCAAAGACUAUCUAAGAAGAGGAGCGCACUUGAACAACUGGAGUGUGUGGACAGCUCUGGAAACAUAUCUACAGCUCCAGGAGGGCUUCGGGUGGGAGCCAUUCACCCAGCUCUUUGCUGAGUACCAGACCCUGUCUGGCGUCCCCAACGACAAGGCUGCCAAGAUGAAUCUAUGGUUGAAGAAGUUCUCUGAAAAAGUGCAGAAGAAUCUGGUUCCUUUCUUUAAGGCCUGGGGUUGGCCUGUGCAGAAGGAAGUGGCUGACAGCCUGUCCUCCUUGCCAGAGUGGAAGGAAAACCCCCUGACAGCCUACACCUGAUCUGAGGGAAAGGAACACCCAGCUGGGGAGGGGGAGAGCAGGGAGGACUCUGCCAGCUCCUCUGCUGUGGCUCUGGCCUGGUGUGAUCAUGCCUGGAGCCCGAAUCCCACUUCCCAGCAUGUCUUCCCAUGGCCGUCCAGGUCAUGAGACAAAGUAGAACCAACUUUGUCAGGAAUGUGCUUUCCUACUGCUUCCUACAA